AGGUCCAGCCUGGCCGGACCGUGUUCUGACUUGGGCGAGUUUGGGCGUUUGUUUCUUCUUUCGCUUCUUUCGCGCAGGUGAAAUGGAGGCUGGUGACGACGUCCGCGAGAAUGUCAAGAAGUACUACGGCAGCCGCCUCGAAACGUCCGCGGAUCUGCAGACCAGCGCAGCGUCCUGCACUGUAUCCUGCAAACCUGUCCCGAAAAGUGUGACCGAGGCUCUGAGUCUCGUCCACCCGGAGGUCACGAGACGUUUUUUCGGUUGCGGUCUGCCGUUUCCUUCCAAGCUUCUGGGAUGCAAGGUCCUGGAUCUGGGCAGCGGCUCUGGGAGAGACUGCUAUGCGUUCAGCAAACUUGUGGGCCAAAACGGACACGUGACUGGGCUCGAUAUGACGGAGCAGUUGAUUGCAGCCUCACGUCAGUACAUCCAGUACCACCAGCAGAAGUUCGGCUACAAGGAGCCCAACGUCACUUUCGUGCAGGGAUAUAUGGAGAAGCUGGGAGACGCUGGAAUACAGAGCAGCUCUGUUGACAUCAUUUUAUCCAACUGUGUCGUCUGUUUGUGUCCGGAUAAACAAGCCGUGCUGCAGGAGGCCUACAAUGUCCUCAAGGAAGGUGGGGAGCUGUACUACAGUGACAUGUACGCCAGCAAAGUGGUGCCGGAUCACAUGAAGCAUGACGCGGUCCUCUGGGGUGAAGGCAUGGGUGGCGCCCUCUUCUGGAAGGACCUGAUCUCCCUGGCGCACCGUGUUGGCUUCAGCACACCACUGCUUGUCUCGGGGACACAGAUUGUGGUGCACAACGCGGAGCUCAAAGCAAAAGCAGGUGAUGUCAGUUACGCAUCAGGAACCUACAGGCUGUUUAAGCUGCCCAAGGGCUCCGUCACCUGCGCUGCAUCCGUGGUCUACAGAGGGACCGUCCCCGACUGCCCGGAUCAGCUGGACUUUGACUCCUCACACUGUUUCAAGAAGGAUGUUGCCAUGGUGGUGGAUGCAGAGAUGGCUGCCAUCCUUCGGACCUCGCGCUUCUCCACUGAUUUUGAUUUUCAGCUUUUGGAUGAACCCCAAACCAGCUGCCGCCAGUCAGAGCCGCAGUACUGUCACCUGAACCCGUUCCUGCUAGCAAACAAGCUGGGCUCCUCGGUGAAACAGUGCUCAAAAGCAAGCCAGUGAAGAAAGAAAACUGAAGAGCAACAAGACUGUUGUUGAUUUAGAUGAUACACUGUUGUAAUGUUAGCAUGAAUAAUUGUUCACUUACUGCUAAUGGAAAGGUAUUUGAACCAAUCUAUUCAAACUGACACAAAUGUUUUCUAAAUAGUUUAAAUAAAAACAACUUCCUCUAAAAUUCAACAUUUUAAAUGUGUACCUGCCUUUACAUGGAGAUGCUUUUGACUUUUGUUGGAAUAACAGCAACAGGUAAAAAUAAGCAAAACAAAAAACACGACCAAAGUUGAAGCAGUUCUGACUUUAUUGCAUGAUGUGUAGCUCAGUGUUUGGCAGUGAUAGACAUGUGAGCCACAGGGUUUGUCCACUGUUACCUCAGUUGGCUGCCCAACAAACCUGAGUUAGGAAUUAAAGCUAUAAAAUAUGGCACGAGUCGAGGGAAAGGCAUCUUCUGCUGCGUGGCUGCUGGAUGCAGUGUGCCGUCACUUCUGCAGCCAGCUCAGGUCUUUAGCUCUGAACAGACAAAGGCAUGGUUGAAAUGUCACAUCUGCCGAGAGAGAAUUUUGCCCUGACUUCAUGAGAAUCGUGCAAAACUGGACUUUUCACACUGUGGCCUCGAGACUAAGACCUUUCGGCUCAUAAGUCUGACGUGAACACAAGGUCUGGGGUUGUGACCCAAGUGAAGACUUCCUGGACCAUUUUGCGCAGAGCCCCCCCAACUGAGAUGAUAAAAAAGGGCAUCCAGGUUGCACAGCAGGGUGCAAAAUCUAGCCCCAGAGCUUCCUUUUAAAUAAGCAUCUGGCUGAACUGCAU